GCUUAAUGCAAAAACCGUCGCCCGUAUGUUGUGUCGCCAUAGUAGCGCAUCUGUCAUUUCAAUAAUUACAUAUUACAAGCCAGAGAGAAAUUUAAACCUGUUAGCGAAAAGCGGAUGUUGACUUUGUCGCAGUCAUUUUACCUUCGAUGGUGACUCGACACUCAUAUAUUGAAAUAAACUGAAAUUGCCUUCGUUCGACAUUAAAUUUUAUCCAAAUACGUGAGGUUAGAGUAACAAUGUAUGUGCAGAGAUAAAAGACGGUUUUAUAUUUUUCCACGAGCGCUGACUUUGCGAUGCAAAAAAUCAAACUUCGAAUUUCCUCUUGUUAACGUGAUGGAGCUAAAAGUGUGGGUGGAAGGAAUACAACGUAUUGUAUGCGGUGUUACUGAGAGCACUACUUGUCAAGAUGUGGUGUAUGCGCUUGCUCAUGCUACAGCUCAAACAGGUAGAUUUACUUUAGUGGAGCGUUGGCGAACUAAUGAACGUUUGUUGGCCCCUUAUGAAAAUCCUCUUAAGAUUUUGAUGAAAUGGGGUGAAUAUUCGUCAGAAGUUCAACUGAUUCUGAGACGCUCCACAUCAGAAAAUAACAAAACAAGUGCAUUGCCAUCUCGAUUAACAUAUGCAACACGUGCAAAUGGAUUACCAAUUUCGUUACCUGAACAUGGAACAGGUACCACCAGCGUGCAAGAUGAUACCAAAAAUAUAUCAACCACACAAAGUUCAGAUUUUGAUGAUAUGCAAGGAGGAUUGGAAAGGAAUCGUGAUACCAGAAAGUCACUUACAUUUAGUGGCUUUCAUGGAGGUAUUACUGAAAGCAGCACAGAGAUUCAAAUGGAAAAUAAUGUGGCUGUAGUUCAACCUACACCACAUUUAAAAAGCAAGGAUUUGAACAUUCGAAAAAGUAUACAAAAACCUGCACAAUCACCUACACGAGGGACUAAUACUGAAAUCGCAACGCAUUUAUCGCAAAAAAAAGUGCGUGAGGUUCCACCUUACAGAGAACCUCCAGAUCCAGCUUCACCACCAUUACGAACUUUACCACCUUAUCGCGAUCCACCGCCGCCGAAUUUAAACAGUCCUGGAAGAUCACAAUUUGUGCAUAGUACCAAUAGUGGAAGCCCUCAUGUGCACAAAGACGAUCAACCAUCUUCUAGUAAUUCCAUAAAAUUGAAAAGAAAUCUCAUUCAGGAAUUUCAAGAUACAAAAGUAUCCACACAAUCCAUUAAUCCACUCCCUGCAACAGCACAAAAUAUAGCAACUGUUGCUUAUACUCAACGAUAUGUUGAACUCUUAAGACUAGUCAAUAAGCAGCGAGAUACUAUUAAUGCUCAACAAGCUGAUCUUACAAAAUUUGAUGCAGAAAUAUUAUAUUGGGAAGGGAAGAACAGAGAACAAAUGCAUCAAAUGGAUUAUAUUUCUCAAGAAAUGAAUCGUAUUGAAUCCACUGGUCGUAUUAUCGAAGAACAACUUAAAGAAUUAACUCAUGUAGAAGAAGAGAGUGAAAUAGUUAGACAGCAAGAAAAAACGCUGAAGUCGGAAAUAACAUUACUUAGAUCAAAGCUUGCCAAUUGUGAAACAGAAUUGCUUCAAUGUAAAAAUAAGAUAAGGCUAGUUAUGGAAGAACUUGCAAUGGAGCAACACAAUAUAAACCGUGAAACAGAUGAGCGGCAAAUUAUGGAACGGAAAAUAAUUAGCGAAGUUGAACACUUACAAAAUGAGGUAGAACAAGCUAAACGUGCAACAGAAUUAGCCUCACAACAUGCUGAUUCUUUAAAAUUAGAAGUAGUUAAUUUAGAGUCAGCUAUUGUUGAGAAGAAAUUACAAGUAGAAAGAUUGGUAGCUGAUAUGAAAGAGGCAAAUUUACAAAGUUUAGCUGUUGCAUGUUCAGAUGAACAAGUUAAACCUUUAUUGGAAGGUAAGCCUGGAAGUACUCGUAAGAUGAUAGGAUCACCAAGACAAUUGGAAACCGCAGUGCCCACAAGCAAAAAUCCACAUGGUGUGUGGGUAUAAAUAAAAAAACAUAGUAUACCUGAUAAUGUUAUCUUUAUGUGAGAAAUAUAUCAAAGAAUAUAUAUCAAAAUCUUUCUAUAUUAA